AUGUGGCACGAAACAAGUCUCUUCUUGACGACCAUAGUAAUCAUCCUCCUUGCAAGUGUGGACGCUUUUGAUUCUUCAAAGGCCAUCGCCACUACACUUGCCAACGAGGGCGGUAUGCUCUCUGCGCAGGCCUACGUCAGGGACGCUUCUGCAAAAGGACACUCUAAAUUCGCUCUCGGCCUUCACCUUGCCCCCAAUACAUUCCCUCAUGACAAUCCUUUCAACAUUACUGAAGAUCACGCUCUCGAGUACGGCAUCAAGCUUAUCCCCGUCGACAAGGAGCAUUGGAACACGCUCGUCAACAUCACCAACCUCAAUGACUCCGCCGCCAGCGAAACCCACAAUCUCCAGCGUACCCGCCGCGAAAUCGACCCUCCUAAUCCCACCGACUGGUGCACUCCCAAUAAGAACCCCAGCCAGUGCACCUUUGGCGCUUGGUGCCACGAAAUAAGUCGGAAGGAUGUCCCCAACCGCGCCUGGGUUUUCUAUAACGACUGCGAGCUCACUGGCGAUCUUCACCCUUGGGCUUGGGGUAGUUGGGAGGACGUCUACUCCGGCCUCCCCUGGGUCACCGUCUUCUACGUCCACCCCAUGUACCGGCCCCGGCUCAAGUAUGCUGGCCGUGAGUGGAACAACUAUGCCAAAGGCUGGGAGCUCUACUACCCGUACGGCACUGAUGGUCAAUAUUACUAUCGUCGGUACUUUGACUGCUCAUCCUGA